AUGACAUCAACUGAUCUUGAUGUAGAGGCACUCCUCGAAGCCUCUUUCAAUAACUUUGCAAACAAGAAAGAGGCAGAUACUGCAGACACUGCUACAGCAAGUACUGAACAACCAAAUAACUCUGAUCAUGAUGCAAAGAGAGUGUCAGAGGAUAGAGAUCGAGAUGAUAAAGUGAAAGAGAAGGAUAAGGAUAAGGAUAAGGAUAGAGAUAGAGAUAGAGAUAGAGACAGAGGCGAUAGAGGAGAUAGAGACAGGGAUAGGGAUAGAGAUAGAGACAGAGACAGAGGGGAUAGAGAUAGAGAUGGAUAUAGGGACUACAGAGAUAGAGACAGAGACUAUCGUGAUCGAGAUAGAGACGGAUAUAGGGACUAUCGCGAUAGGGACUAUAGGGAUCGCGACUAUAGGGACCGAGGCAGUCGUGGAGGAGAUUACAGAGACAGGGACUAUCGUGGUGACUAUCGCGACAGAGACAGCUACAGGGACUACAGAGACAGGGACAGGGAUUACCGCGGCGGCGGCGGUGGUGGCGACAGACGUGGUGGUCCACCACCCAGAUUCGGGCCCUACGACAGACCGCCACCUCGUCGCUAUGACAAGGGACCGGCACCCGUCGAGCCCGUCCUUCCCGAGUUGACACCAGAGGAGCAAGAAGAGUCUGACUCUAGGACCGUCUUUGUCUCUGGCCUCUCACCAAACAUCAGCGACGCAGAUCUCUACGAAUUCUUUGGAGUCCUUGGUAAAGUGAUCAAAGUCAGUCUAAUCAUUGAUAAGAUAACAAAGAAGCUUAAAGGUGUUGGAUAUGUAGAGUUUGAAAGCAAGGAACAGGUACCAAAGGCUGUGGCAAUGAGCGGUCAAAAGGUACUCGCUCAUACGAUUAACAUUCAUCCAGUUCAACAAGAGAAGAAACCUCCUCCUCCUCCAAAGAUUAUACUUCAACAUCCACAUCAUCCUGUUGUGAUGCCACCACCAUCAACAGCAGGACCAAAUAGAUUGUAUGUUGGCUUCUUGCAUCAGGAGAUCACAGAGGAGCAGUUGAGAUCGGUCUUUUUGGCAUUUGGUGAGCUGGACUUUGUAAAGACGCACACCAAGCCAUCGACACGCGAACCAACCGGUAUAUACAAGUACGCCUUUGUGCAGUUCCGUUCGCCAGACGACGCCGCCAGAGCCCUCACGGCCAACGGCAUGGAGGUAAUGGGUAGACCCUUAAGGGUUGUAUAUGUAAACGAUAGCAAGGACAAGCAGGACCCUGCCAACAGGGUCAACCGUCCAAUGAUGAUGGGUGGUAUUGCCAAUACUAAAAUGUCCUUGAACAACAUCCCUAGUUCAUACAAUCAUCAAUCAAUGGGAUCACUUGAUGAGGAAGAUGGAAGUGUUCCUCUCACUCCUCAGGAGCAAGCAAUCCUGUCAGCUAAACUACAGGGUAUUCAUAAUGUAGGUCCAUCCCCUGUACAUCCAGCAACGGCUGCAAUGAUGACACCUGGUGGAAACAUGGCGUAUGGAAACCCCAACAUGGCGCCAGUGCAUGGUGCUAUUCCCGCUCAUGUUCCACUGGUCCCACCGACACCGGUGGUCACAUCGACAUGCAUGGUGCUCAAGAACAUGUUUGAUCCGGCCACAGAGACUGGUGAGAACUGGGAGACCGAGAUCGAGAAGGACGUCGAGCUCGAGUGCUCCAACUAUGGUAACAUCAUUCAUAUCCAUUUAGAAAGAAACAGUCAAGGCUACAUCUAUCUCCGCUACGACAAGGUGGAGAGUGCAGCCUUGGCCAUCAGCAAGCUCAACAGACGUUGGUUUGCCAGCAAGAUGCUCACUGCCGAAUCCAUCCCAGAACCAACCUAUCUUGCCAGAUUCCCCAAUGCCAAGCCUCAGGUCCAUGUCCCAUCACAAGCAGCCCAGCCCUAA